UUAUUUUGGAAAAAAAACAUAUCCGCCUUUCUGCGGCCAUUUCAUGAUCUGCUACCAGCAGAAUGGUGACGUGAGGAAAUGGUUUCAAUGGAACGGAUGUGAAGGCGGAGUCUGUCUUUCCUUUCGGGACUUUAGGCUGAGAGUCGUAGGUUAGAAUAUAACGCUACCUCCCAAAUCUAGAAUUCAACAGACUAGGGAUAAACAUCUCGUCUGGUUCACUUGGCCUGAACUCUGCAAACGACCGACCGUAAACUUCGCCUGAACUCUGCAAACGACCGACCGUAAACGAGUGUCUACAAUGAAUCAGGAAACAUCUGUCCCGUCCUCUCUCUCCCUCCAACCCUCCUCCCCCCUACCCCUCCCGGUAACCCCGGGUCGUACCUCUCCCGGUAACACCUUACUGCUGGGUCUGAAGAGGCUGUCUGUGCUGCUGGUCGACUGCAGGAAAACACCAGAGCUAAGGGACAGUCCUAAACGUCACUCUCUCAGUAGAAGGGGCUCGUCAUCUGGGGAGGCAAAACAUCAUGAUGCUGACGAGGCAGAGAAAAGUCUCUCAAGAUCAGAACACCUCAAGAAACAACAGCUGAGACCCACAAGGAAGAAACCUCACUGCUGCUCUGACUGUGGGAAGAGUUACACCUCUAAAGUAAACCUUAGAGGACACCAGAGAAUUCACACUGGAGAGAAACCUCACUGCUGCUUCCAGUGCGGUGCUAGUCUCUCCUCUGCCAGUGCACUGGAAGGACACAUGCGGAUUCACACUGGAGAAAAACCGUACCAGUGCUCAGAAUGUGGGCAGAGAUUUAAAGACUCCAGUGGUUUACGGUUACAUGAGAGAAAACACACUGGCGAAAAACCACACUGUUGCUCUGACUGCGGGAAGAGAUUUGCUACAUCACAAAGCUUAAAAGCUCACUGGCGGAUUCACACUGGAGAGAGACCGUUCCACUGCUCUGAGUGUGGGAAGAGUUUCAAACAAGCUUCAGCACUGUCUGAACACAAACGAAUACACACAGGAGAAAAGCCUUACCACUGUGAGCAGUGCGGGGGGAGCUUUUCCUCAGCUAAGUUACUCAGAAUACAUCAGAGGAUUCACACAGGGGAGAAACCUUACCAAUGUGCUGACUGUGAGAAAAGCUUCAGACUGUUGUGUAUGUUAAGACGUCACCAGCUAAGACAUACUGGAGAGAAGCCCCACCAAUGUACUGAGUGUGGGAAGAGGUUUGCUCUUAAGAUUGGACUCUUGCGACAUAACAAAGUGCACACUGGAGAGAAAGGCUACCAAUGCCCACAGUGUGGCAAGAAGCUAGGAUCAUCUCAUUCUCUAGAGCAGCAUAAGCGAACACACACUGGACAGAAACCCUUCCACUGUUCCCACUGUAAGUUGAGUUUUGCCACUAAUCCAGCCCUGUACAAACACCAGAGAAUUCACACAGGUGAGAAACCACACAGCUGCAAUGUUUGCCAGAGGAGAUUUGGACGGUCCGAUCACCUGAAAAUUCACAUGCAAAUUCACACAGGAGCAAAGCCAUACCACUGCUCUAAGUGCGAGCUGAGUUUCACUAACAACAGAUCUCUGAAAGAACAUGAGGUCAGACACACAGAAGAUAAACCUCACUGCUGCUCCCAGUGCGGUGCUAGUCUCUCCUCUGCCAGGGCACUGGAAGGACACAUGCGGAUUCACACUGGAGAGAAACCGUACGAGUGCUCUGAAUGUGGGCAGAAGUUUGCACACAGAACCAGUCUUGGGACACACAGAAGAAUACACACAGGAGAGAAACCUUAUCACUGCUCUGACUGCAAGAAGACCUUUCCAAGACUUGGCUCUUUAAAGGAACACAAGUUCACACAUUCAGAGAAGAUGUACCACUGCUCUCAGUGUGAGUCGAGCAGCACAUCGCCAGGCGCAUUAAAGAAACACCAGCUUAUACACAGUGUAGAGAAGCCUUACCACUGCUCCCACUGUGACAAGAGCUUCCUUCGGCAACCAUCUCUCAAACAACACGAGCGUAGUCACAAGGGAGAGAAACCGUACUCUUGUUCAGACUGCGAGAACAACUUUGCCACAAUGGCAACCUUGCGAAUUCACCAGCGAAGACACACAGGAGAGAGGCCAUACCAAUGCCCUUUCCCUGACUGUGGGAAGAGUUUUGCCCAGGCCUGUGCUUUUAAAGUCCACAAGAGAAGGCACACAGGAGAGAAGCCGCACCACUGUGAUCAGUGUGGGAUGAGUUUUGUCACGUCAGGUGACUUGCAAUCUCACCAGCAAACUCACUCCAAAAAGAAGCCAUACUGCUGCACAGAGUGUGGACUCAGUUUUUCUAGAUCUGAUUCCUUAAAGAUUCACCAGAGAGUCCACACAGGAGAGAGGCCGUACAGCUGCUCAGUGUGACGAGUUUCACUUUGAAAGGGCACCUUACUAGACACAAGCUGACACACACAGGAGAGAAACCUUACCCCUGCUCUGACUGUGGGAAGAGUUUUAUUCUCUCAGGCACCUUAAAAACACACCAGUUAACACACACAGGAGAGAAGCCUUACCACUGUUUUGAUUGUAAGAAGAGUUUUACCACUAAGGGUCAACUGACUGGACACCAGCAGAGACACACAGGAGAGAAACCUCACUACUGCUCCGAGUGCCGCAAGAGCUUCAAGUGUUCAAUGGACCUGAGAUGCCACGUUCAGCGCAAACACAGUGGGACACCCUACCACUGCACCCUCUGUGAGCGCAGCUUCAGCUCCCCACAGCAUCUGAGGUACCACCAGAUGACUCACACGGGAGAGAAACCAUUCAUAUGCACCGACUGCGGAAAGAGAUUCACUCAGGCCGGGGUUUUGACAUACCACAGGAGGAUUCACACCGGAGAGAAACCUCACAUCUGUGAUCAGUGUGACAAGAGUUUCAGUAAAAGGAGCAGUCUGCAAUCACACCAGCGGACACACACAGGAGAGAAGCCUUACAGCUGUGAUGAAUGUGGGAAGAGAUUCACUAAUUCAGGAACCCUGGUUUCGCACAAGAAAAUACACACCUGAGAGAAACCUUACCACAUACAGGAGCGAGGCCUAAUGACUGUGCACAAGAGAACACACACUGAUAGAUAUUUUAUGCCUGGAUCAAAUAUGUAAUUUGUAAAUGAUGGAACACCUAUAGAAACAUUUUAUAGAAUGAACAUCAAGGACACACAGUAACAAACGUGAAACGCUUCCAGGUUGUCCUUGACAAUUCCCAUAACUGAAACCACAACACUUGAAAAUACAGAGGGUUUCACUUGGUGGUGUAGAUUUGACCAAAACCCAUAGUUUUUAAUUUAGGCCAAAACGUUUAAUCUGUUUACUGUGUUGUCUUGCAGUAUUACUUAACAUCUUUGUUGCAAACAGAAUGGAUGGAUUUGACAGCUCAAUUGUAGUUCCACCUCCGACACCGCCAAAACAACCGCUAUGCAGGUGUUGUCUAACACGGGUCGGAUUGAAUCAAGCCCUGAGAACGGACACAUUUCUCAACAUACUCACAACUUGCCGUUGGAUACAAAUGAUAAACAUUUGAAUGCAGAAGUAAAUGGUGCAAGUGAAGUUCUAGUCGAACACUGUAUGGAACAUGAUAUUAACCGUCUACUGUUCUUCUCAGCACUUCAAAAUGAACACUUUUGUUGUACUAUUUUGUUGCACUUUUGUUUGUUUGUUGCACUUUUGAUUGUGAUUGUGUGGGUCUUGUACAAUCUUGUAUUGUUUUGCUUUUGGAUCGUGGGCUCAAUUCAAUGAUAUUUGGCGCUGAACAGGUUGAACAGAGCGGUACCUAUCAUGAACAUGGACAUUGGCUACAUGGAGGAGUAGGAAUCCCAUCCAGCCAUGUUUACAAACUCAAUCUCUGGAAUGUCAUUUAGGGCCGGAUUCAAUCCGUUCUGCCUUAAUCCGCCAUAACCGACAACUGCACAGUCGUUUCAUUGUUUUUAUUCAGGUGAUGUCCGCAGGUGUAACUGCAUUGGAGCUGUCGAGGACAUUACCAUUGGAUAAUCUCAUGCAGUCUUUUUAGAUUCAAACGUUUGUUGUAAUCUACACCUCUAUUAGCCUGAUAUAAUGUUGUAAUCUACACCUCUAUUAGCCUGAUAUAAUGCUGUAAUCUACACCUCUAUCAGCCUGAUAUAAUGCUGUAAUCUACACCUCUAUUAGCCUGAUAUAAUGUUGUAAUCUACACCUCUAUUAGCCUGCUGUAAUCUACACCUCUAUUAGCCUGAUAUAAUGCUGUAAUCUACACCUCUAUUAGCCUGAUAUAAUGCUGUAAUCUACACCUCUAUUAGCCUGAUAUAAUGCUGUAAUCUACACCUCUAUCAGCCUGAUAUAAUGCUGUAAUCUACACCUCUAUUAGCCUGAUAUAAUGCUGUAAUCUACACCUCUAUUAGCCUGUUGUAAUCUACACCUCUAUCAGCCUGAUAUAAUGCUGUAAUCUACACCUCUAUUAGCCUGAUAUAAUGCUGUAAUCUACACCUCUAUUAGCCUGAUAUAAUGCUGUAAUCU